UCUGCAAAUAUCUUUCUGGUUUAGCCCGACCCGGAUUGACGUUUGAUAUAAAGAUCAAUGGAAUUCCAUGUAACAAACAGGGGAAACAGAACACUCCCUGAAAUUAUUGUGUCAUCAGCGUUGGGUACGAGAGAGAUCAUCAACUCCCAGCUUAAAAUUGAGAAAUCGGAGUUUUGGUGUUUCUUGCGGCAGCCAUGGAUGAAGAAAUGUCUAAUUCACUCCGGCGCAUGUCCACAAGAACUCGUAAGGUUGCUCCCAAAAUGGCAGCAGCGCUUGCCAGCAGUGAUAAUCGGACUCAGGCAAUCCUUGCUCGUCUUGAAGCUCUGGAAAAUGAUAAUGCUGGACUGGAGUCAGUACAAGUUGACGAGGAUGAUGAAGCCUCCCUUGAUGAUGAUGAUCAAGCAUACCAGAAGAAGCAAAGUAAAAGCACAAAACGCAAAACUCGUCAAGCUAAAGCACUUGAAAAUGCUAAGAAGGCACCAAGAACGUUCCUUGAGCUUUUGCAAGAGGCUAACCUCGAAUCAUUGCCUCCCCACAUCCCCACCUACUUGAGAGCAGCUGUGGGUCCUCCAAGUUCCACGGCCCGUCGGCAUUUCUGCACAGUUUGUGGUUUUUCAGCCAACUAUACGUGCGUCCAAUGCGGGAUGAGAUUCUGUUCAAUCCGAUGCCAGACUAUCCAUAACGAUACUCGUUGUCUGAAAUUUGUUGCUUGAUUGGUGUCUUCUUGUACAAAGAUAAGUUCGACAAAUCUGUAAAACAGUUUGUAUAUCAACAGCUAUUAUUUCAUAUUAUUCAGAAACUAACAUGAAAAUCCUCAUAUUGCAUUUGCUACCCAUAACAACCUGAUAAGAAGUGAUUUUCUCACUUAUUGUGUGGGAGAUUCAACUAUGGACUUAUUUCAGGAGUGUCGGUCCUUCUACCUGACAAUGUCAUUUGUAGUAAUUGCCCUGAUUGUGUUUCUCACAAACAAAUGCUAUGUAACUACUGGAAAGAUAUCCAUGGGUAAACAUUUGUAUAAUUAGAAACAUAACUUACCCUUUCUUAAACAUUAUGUUCUCUUUUGCUAAUAUUGUAGUUCACAAAUCACAAUGACAGAUCUCCAACACCCUAAUCAGCAUAAUUAAUC